AAAAAAAUUCAACGACUUUUGUCGGAAGCGCCUUUCAGUUCGGUUGAAGUAAUUUAAUGUUAAAAAGUUAUUGUGGAGGAUCGAAUAGUUAUUAUUUAUUCAUUGCUGUGAUUUUUUUUAUAUUGAUCCUGUUCCUAGUUGAAUUUUUCUCGAAAAAUCGUUUUGAACGUCGGGAAUGCUUGGAUCAUGAGUGCAUUUGAGGUUAACAUUACGCCAACACGCGUUCAGGCGCCUAUUAAACGGAGAACCGAAUCCCGGGAGCCUACCUUGGUACAGUUAGGUCCAUUCACGCCGAGGGCGACCGUAAUUUUUGACGGUGUUCCGGUGGGGAAAACCGCUCGCCGACAGCUGGUUGUCAAAAACCCGUACGAUGAAACGAUAAAGGUUCUUGUAACCAGAAUACCAAGGCCCGAGUUUUGUCUCGGGCUGGAAUGGACAUCGUACGAUAUCCCUCCGCAAGGUGAACAACAAAUGGAAUUGGUAUGGAACCCGAACAAAAUAAUUGCCAACAAAGAAGUCAUCCAGAUAAGCGACACUUACGGCAACCGGAAAGAUGUGACGGUUAUUUUAAAAUCGAUUGAACUUAAAAAAGUACCUCUCAAAAAACCUGGCUCUAAACCCACUCCAAUUAUUCCUAAAAAAUUAAAACUUAAAUCGCCAUCUCCGCCGAAAGCGAGUUUGAAGCGGAAUAUUUUGGCCAAAAAAAAAGAAUCACCUCUAUCAAAAGGUUUUCACUCAACAGCAUCGCCUUCACGAGCUGUCCAUGCAACCAAGGGCAAUGUUCUGAGAUUAAAUACAGGCUCCAAUAUUUUUAGCACUAGUGCUUUCAACUUUUCUCAGGUACCCGAUACGGCUGAUACCGACAAAAGUAACGGAAAGGAGAAUAUAAGUCCGGUAGUGUCGGAAAACGUAUCAAGAAUGUUCGAUACGCUUAAAUUUACUCCAUCAAAUAAUGGUGGUGGGCACAAUAUUUCGUACCUUGCCGAUUUGCCAACACCGGUGAACUAUUUGAAUGUAGAUGAUUUUCGGCUGGACAAAACCAACACCGUCCUUCGUAAACGUUUGAGCUUGUCACCAGAAUUGAAUCAUGGAAAUAUUAUGGAACAAGCUACCACACCACAGCUGUUAAAUGUCCACGCCAAUCAAAGCUAUCUGGCUAUGAAGGAAACACCAAAAACCGCCAACAAAAUCGAUUCAAUCGUGUCUCGCGGCGCUCAGUUUACGUUCACCUCCCACAAUAAAGACAGCAUCGUCCAGAAUGCUAAUGUCAAGCAAAGGCUUCCGUUUGGGACAACGUGUCAUUCAAGCGUAACUCGAACAGAAAAAACGUACGUUAUGCCAGAGAAAUGCAAUAAGGAUACUGAACGUCAGUUGAAUUUCUCAUACGAGAUUGAACUUGCGGGAGAAACGUUUAAAGAACCUUCAACAGCGGCCAACUUGAAGGAUGAAGGACCGAAACAGAACGAAUCUGAUUCUCCGUGUAAUGAGAUUCAGCUGGUUUUUCUCAAUGACCAAAAUAGUUUCCCAGAAGCUCCAAAAACUCUUAACAAAACUCGAACGGUUUCCCCGUAUCCGUCUAGUCCUCAACUAUCUAUGAUUGCGGAAGAAAGCACGCGGGAACUUGGUGUGACCUAUCACUCCGAAACGGUUGCAAAUGCAACUACGGCAGAGGAAAGAGAGGAACUUCGGAUUCAUCAGAAGACGUUCAAAGUGUCCAGUCAUGAAAGUCUCAUGAAAUCCAGCUCGGAUGAUAAUAUUCUAAAAAACACUACCAUCGCAAUCCAGCGAGCUCAACGGGCCAGUCAAGGUUCGAUGCCAAAUCUCCACGACGACGAAGAUGCCGAGGCACGAAUGAUGUUCAAGGAACAUGAAAUACGUGCCCAAUCCAGUCGCUUUAAUUUAAACGAAAUCAGUCGGAUCAGCGACGAAAUGUCGUUAAUGGAUAUGCGGAAGAGUACCAAACGCACUUCGACUGAUAGUGAAAAGGAUGAACCGAUGUUGCUACUAGAGCAAGCGCAUAUUUCCCCACCAAAACGUAGCAAAUUCUCCACCUCGGCGUCACUUAACUCAUUGUCGUCCAUUUCCACCAGCACAACGACCAGCACUAGCAUCGGAUCCGUUGCAACGGCCAUUGGAAAGAAAAUGGUUCGUGGGCUGUCUUCAAGUGGAGCUACAAGUUGCUUCCAGGUUCCGAAAGUUCCUCGGCCGCUAUCGCUCAAGCGUCCCCCUGCCAAUGCUGCCAACUUGGUAAAAAAGUUCCCUUCCGAGGAGAGACGGGUAUUUCUAUACGAUUCGGAACAUCAUCUGAAGACACUCAUCAAUCCUGAUCCUUUUGCGGCCACCACAACUUGCGAUCCAUUCUUAACGGCCACCAUGUAUUUGGACGAGCGGGCCUUUGAAAAGUAUGAACGCCAGUUGAAAAAGUGGCUAAAUGCCCUGGUCACCAUCCCGGCCGAUUUGGAUACCGAACCAAAUAAACCACUGGACGUCGGCAAAUUGUUCGACGAAGUAAAAGGCAAACAGCUUACUCUCGCUCCAACGAAAGAGUUGAUUUCGCGAAACUACUAUCGUAAUCGGUUGGAUCAGCUAAGAAAUGCUGGGAUUUCGUUGUACCUUAGCGAGUGCAUCGCAGAACCUUUGAGGAAAGUUAGGUCGGCUAUUGAAAAGAAACUAAUGACACUGCGGACGGAUCGUGACUUGCAUUUGGAUUUAGUUCUACAGCGAAGUAUUCUGGAGCUUUUACUGUGUUUCAAUCCGCUGUGGCUACGACUGGGCUUAGAGGUGAUCUUCGGAGAGCAGAUCGAUCUUCAGUCCAAUAGGGAUGUUAUUGGACUGAGUGCAUUUAUCGUGAACCGUUUGUUCCGCGACAGAUAUUUGGAAGCGAAAAGUUCCAAGGCUUAUAGCUUGUCACCAGCUUAUGCGGAGCACAUGAAAAAGUUUACAUUCCGUAUGUUUUUGUUUUUGAUGUUCUUUUUGGAUACAGCAAAGAACCGACGGUUAAUUAAACACAAUCCCUGUUUGUUCGUUAAAAAUGCGCCUUACAAGGAAACUCGUGAAAUUUUGAUUCGCUUUUCAUCACUGCUGAUAGCUGGUAUUGGUGAUAUAACCAAGCAUUUGAAGAGAUUUGGAUAUGUUCUACAGCACAAACAAACGUUCUUAGAUGAAUUUGAUUAUGCGUUUGAGAAUUUGGCAGUUGAUUUGCGUGAUGGCAUCCGACUGACACGUGUCAUGGAGAUAAUUUUGUUGAGAGACGAUAUCAGUCAGAAUCUUCGAGUGCCUUCAAUUUCGAGGCUACAAAAAGUCCACAAUGUGAACCUCGCAUUGAAGGCUUUAGAAGAAGCAGAUUACCAAAUAACGGGAGACAUUACUGCCAAAGAUGUUUGCGAUGGACAUCGUGAGAAAACUUUGUCCCUACUGUGGCAGAUUGUGUACAAAUUUCGCUCACCGAAAUUCAAGGCCGCUGCAAAUUCGAUACGCAAUUGGUGGAAACGAAACUGGCUCAAAGUAGUCAUUGCUAGGCGAAUUGAAGAAAAGCGUCAGAAGCGUCGCGAAAUUGCAGCUCUAAAGAUACAGUCCGUGUACAGGAUGUAUCGCGCUAGACAACAGUAUUUGCAAAUGCGCGAGCAUAAAUUAGAGUCGAUCGUUAUCUUACAAAAAUAUACCAGAAGAUACCUGGCCCAGAAAAAUGCAGCACAGCAGUACUCGGCGAUACUUCGUAUUCAACGUUGGUGGCUCUCGAUUCAGCAAGUUCGAGUUGAACGCGAUCAGUUCCUGUUGCAGCGCAAAAAUGCAAUUGUUAUCCAAUCAUGCUUUCGCAGGUAUGCCUUAUCCAAACGACUAUUGUCAGCAUCGAUUGUGAUAAGGCAAAUUAGGGAUCAAGCUCGGUUGGAGCACUCGUCGGCCGUCGUAAUUCAGAGAUCGAUCAAAAGCUGGUUUAUUCAUCGCAAGCUCCAAAGCAUUGUUAUGGGAAUAGUGGCAUUCAAUAAGCGUAAAUUGUUGAGAAACGUUUCAGCGACAAAAAUUCAGGCUACUUACCGGAGGUGGCAGGUUCGAAGUGAUUUCUUGCGGCGUCGCAGUGCAUCGAUAUUGAUUCAGCGGAGAUGGCGCGAAUGUUUGAUGGCCCGAGUUCAGAGAACAGAAUUCUUGCUAAAGCGACAAAGCGCAAUAUUCAUACAAACCCGAUUUAGAGCACUGUUACUCAUGCGUCAGACGAUGGCAUCAUACGAAAAGCAGCGGGAUUGUAUAAUUUUUGCACAGAGAAAGUACAGAGCAAAACUAAAUAUGAGACAGCAGAGGAAAGAAUACAUACGUAUAAAGGAAUCUGCAAUUGUCUUACAACAAAGAUACAGAGCAUUACAAGCAAUGCGCGAAAUAAGGAAAAGCUUUGUAACUCUGAAAUUGGCUUCUAUAGUUGUACAGCAAAGAUUCCGUGCUCGAAUAGCGAUGCAAAAAGAUCGCAAUCGAUUUUUGGAGAUGAAGAAUGCCGUAAUCACCAUUCAACAACGUUUUAGAGCCCAAGUUGCCAUGAAGAAAAACCGCUCGCGUUAUCUUCAAAUGCAGACUGCAUGCAUCACGAUACAGCAACAUUUCCGAGCUACAGUUCAAAUGAAACUGGAAAGAUUAGAAUUUCUUGCUUUGCAGUAUCAUUCUAUUGUUGUACAGCGCCAUUAUCGAGCCAAAAUGGAAGCCAGAAAAUGUCGAACAGAAUAUUUCAAACUAAAAACAUCCACAAUUUUAAUUCAGCAAAAAUGGCGGGCUACGCUGCUAGCUCGAGAAACUCAGCAGGCAUAUCGGAACAAGCGAGAUGCCAUUAUAAAAAUUCAACAUUAUUGGCGAACCGUCCAGAUUAAGCGCAGAGUUCGAGAGAACUAUCUCGAAAAAAGGACUGCGGCUAUUACAAUACAGCGUUACUUUCGAAACUAUAUACUCACAAGAAAUGUCCAAAAAUAUUUCCAGCAGCUUCGCGCUGCAGUCGUUAAGGUACAACGACGUUACCGAGCAACAAAGCUUAUGUUACAACAGAGACAGCAAUACCAGAAUUUGUCUCGGGCAGCAGCCACAAUACAAAAACACUACCAUGCUCUUCUUGUGGGUCGUCAACAGAGAGCAGAAUAUUUGAAUUUCCGUAACACUACCAUCGCUGUCCAACGCCGUUGGAGAGCUAUCCUUAGCAUGCGAAAAUGUCGUAUGGAAUAUCAGAAGGUUCGCCAGGCUGUCAUCAUCUUACAAACACGUUAUCGUGCAUUAAUGCUAAUGCGAUCGGUUAGAACGGAAUAUACAUUCAUGCUUUCGAAGGUAGUCUUCAUUCAACAAAAAUAUAGAGCCAAGCGAGAUAUGGAGAGAGUAUGCGGCCAUUAUUUGAAUCUGAAAAGUGCAACAAUUAUUAUUCAACAGUAUUAUCGCGGUUGUAUAGAAAUGAAGCAACAAAGAUCGCGUUUCCAAAACUUGAGAAAUGCCACGAUUUGUUUGCAGCGUCGUUUUCGUGCAAAUCGAGCAAUGGAACUUGAAUACAACUCUUUCCAGCGACAAAGAUACGCGGCCAUUAGAAUUCAACGACGGUUCCGUGAAUAUUUAGUCAUGAAAAAAACUCGUCAAGAUUUUUUGCAACUAAAGACUUGUUGUAUAGUUUUACAAAAUUAUUACCGUGCUCGUUUGGCUAUGAUAUCUAAACAGAGGAAUUUCCAAACCUUGAAAUCCACGGUUAUAAAAAUUCAGCAUAGGUGGCGUGCAACUCUUGCGAUGCGCAAAGAACGUGAGCAGUACAAACGUGUUAUAAACGCCGUCACUACUAUUCAAGUGCGGUAUCGAGCUUAUCGCAUGCGUUUGACAGAUCAAAUCACCUAUCGGCUGUAUCGAAGUGCAGUUAUUAUUAUUCAAAGACGUUACAGAGCCAAGCUCGCCACGCGCCAGCAACAGGCCCGGUUUCAGCAAAUUAAAACGGUCACGUUUGGUCUUCAAACUAGGGCCAGAGGCUUUCUUGCUCGUCAAGCAUUCCAAGCCAAGCUUACGCCGGAAUAUCUGGAGCGUCGAACCCGUGAAAAGGCAGCCAAAUGUAUCCAAGCCCGCUGGCGAGGAUACAUUCACAGAAAACGCUAUCAAACAAAGCCAAUGCAAGAUGUUGCUUUACGAAUGGUUGCCAGCCGACAGGAAGCGGCUCGCGAUCCAUCCAAUCGAGUCAGCAACAUCUUGAACUACUGCAUGAAGUUCAUGAAGACACGAUUCGUUGUUCACGAGGCCAUUAAGGUGCUCCAGCGCAUUGAGCAAAUAUCACGACUGGUUCCGCAUCUUCUCGAGCCGGAUGCAAUCUUCUUGGCCACAUUCUGCUACGGAACAAUGGCACAAGCGAUUCGCUCCGAACUAGAUAAACAGCUGAUUGAAAUUUGUGCUCGCAUCAUUCUGAACAUGGCGCGGUUCGAGGGCACCAAGGAGGAAGCCUUCCGGGAAAGCGGACUGGUAACCGUUUCGCAGAUGCUUCUCCGCUGGUGUGACAAAGAAUGCGGCAUUUUCAACACCUUGUGCUCACUUUUAUGGGUGUUAUCGCAUGAUGUGCACAAGAAAAAUGCUAUACGCAGAUACAUGAUAUCACGCGAGGCAAUUUUCAUGCUGCGCGAAACGAAGAAGCUCGUCCAGCGCAAGGAAAAUAUGCGGAAGAAUGUGAAAAAGCCAGUGGGCUGCCUAGUACCACCCGACCCUUCGCUGAUGCGGAUGGUUCCAUGCCUGGCCCCUGAUUACGGUGUGAUACGCAGCAAACCGUAUGUGUUUUACUCGUCGGUGUUUGCCUUCGACACGGUGCUAUCAGCCCUAGAUGUCGAUAUUUCGUAACAUGUAAUGCAAAGUUACGCAGCAACCUGUAAACGCGUUUGUAUGUUUUAAAUUUUUUUCUUUUAAUUAUUAUAGUACCUAGAUAGUUUAGAAGUUUUCAGUUUUGGUGCCGUCGUUUAGUGGCAGUUUGAACAUGAUUGUUUAGUUUAAAUGUAAUACAUUACUUUUUAAAUCAUU